GAGCCCCGGCUGUUAGUCCGUUAUAGAAGUGCGUUCGCUUUGCUGUGAGCGGCUUGUGGGCAAGUGGGUAAUCUGUGUUACGCGCUUUUAAAGUGAAGCCUAAUUCCGUUCUCUAUUGAAAAUGAGGGAGAUUGUCCAUCUGCAGGCUGGUCAGUGUGGAAACCAAAUUGGAGCCAAGUUUUGGGAGGUGAUCAGCGAUGAGCACGGCAUAGACCCCACCGGCACUUACCACGGCGACAGCGAUCUCCAGCUGGAGAGGAUCAAUGUGUAUUACAACGAGGCCACCGGGGGGAAGUAUGUCCCCCGUGCCGUCCUUGUGGAUCUGGAGCCGGGCACAAUGGAUUCUGUUCGGUCUGGACCCUUUGGGCAGGUGUUCAGACCGGACAACUUUGUCUUCGGCCAGAGUGGUGCCGGCAACAACUGGGCCAAAGGCCACUACACUGAGGGAGCAGAGCUGGUGGAUUCAGUUCUGGAUGUGGUGAGGAAGGAGGCAGAGAGCUGCGAUUGUCUCCAGGGCUUCCAGCUCACCCACUCCCUGGGUGGGGGCACAGGCUCCGGCAUGGGAACGCUGCUGAUCAGCAAGAUCCGUGAGGAGUACCCCGACCGCAUCAUGAACACCUUCAGCGUGGUGCCCUCCCCCAAGGUGUCGGACACUGUCGUCGAGCCCUACAACGCCACUCUGUCCGUGCACCAGCUAGUGGAGAACACUGACGAGACCUACUGUAUCGACAACGAGGCGCUCUACGACAUCUGCUUCCGCACGCUGAAGCUGACCACGCCCACCUAUGGGGAUCUCAACCACCUGGUGUCGGCCACCAUGAGCGGCGUCACCACCUGCCUGCGCUUCCCCGGCCAGCUGAACGCUGACUUGCGGAAACUCGCUGUCAAUAUGGUCCCAUUCCCCCGUUUGCAUUUCUUCAUGCCUGGGUUUGCGCCCCUCACCAGCAGGGGGAGCCAGCAGUACCGCGCCCUCACCGUACCUGAGCUCACCCAGCAGAUGUUCGAUGCCAAGAACAUGAUGGCGGCCUGUGACCCACGUCACGGUCGGUACCUGACUGUGGCCGCGGUCUUCCGUGGACGCAUGUCCAUGAAGGAGGUGGAUGAGCAGAUGCUGAACGUGCAGAACAAGAACAGCAGCUACUUUGUGGAGUGGAUCCCCAAUAACGUGAAGACUGCUGUCUGCGACAUCCCCCCCCGUGGCCUGAAGAUGGCCGCCACCUUCAUCGGCAACAGCACGGCCAUCCAGGAGCUCUUCAAGCGCAUCUCGGAGCAGUUCACCGCCAUGUUCAGGCGCAAGGCCUUCCUGCACUGGUACACUGGCGAGGGAAUGGAUGAGAUGGAGUUCACUGAGGCGGAGAGCAACAUGAACGACCUGGUAUCUGAGUAUCAGCAGUAUCAGGAUGCCACUGCUGAGGAGGAAGGGGAGUUUGAGGAGGAGGGUGAGGAGGAGCUGGCAUGAAGGAAUCUGGCUUUUGUUUUUUUUUUUUUUUUUCCCCCCAAUUUAUUUCUGUCCUUUUAUGUACUGUCAACCUUUUUCAACAAGUUUAAUAAAAUGGAUUGCAUUUCA